GCUCACAGCACUGAUACAGCGGAGCAAGCUAAUCAUUUACGUUAAAUAUUGCUAAUAAAAACAUUAAGAGAUUGUUACCUGGAAAGGGCUACGUAUAGGCCUAUAUUAUUUAGAUAAUACGAUCAUAAAAGCUGAGUCUGCGUUAUGCGCAGAAAGAGUAUAAUUGCCCCGGGGUGAAGUUACAGUAAACGAAAUGCAAGCAUUUGAGUAAUGCCGUUCGCUGGUUGGACUGGUCAUUCUGGUAUUCAAACCAUGAAAUGCGAAGGGGCAAGAAUGAACCGAGCAGGGGACACGAGGAAAAAGCACUGAUGCGAGGCGAGGAGGAAUAUUUUAGAUUAAAUCUUUAAUAUAGAAGAAAGGUGCUGUUAUUGUGUUGCUACAAAAGGGGAGUGGAUAUGGGCUGGGUGACAGGGGAGGCAAGAUAAGGGCAUUAAAAGAGGAUACGUGUGGGAUUUCCCAGCCUUGAAUCGUCGCUUUAGUGAUGACUUGAAGUAUCCAAGUCAGUGAGCCAUUAAAAACUCCUGCUGAGCAACCUGUUAAAAUGUGCUGAGCUUCCACGUCCACUAUGCGAAGGCAUCGAAGUUUCUUAGAAUACUACCUGCAUCAUGGAGUGAACAGACACGUAUUUUCGAGUGAGAACGAGAAGCAACCUUUCUACAGGUAGCGAUUUCAAUUUUCGGCAUCGAAUCAUUCAUUAAACUUGCAUACGCCCGCCUGUCUCCAUUCGCCAAAACAAUCUGGAACGAGCAACAUCGCAUGCGACCAGUCCAAUUGUAUAGCCAACACGUUUGUUAUAACAAUGGGUCGCUACAGUGGGAAGACCUGCCGCCUUAUUUUCAUGCUGGUACUGACAACGGUGUUCUUUGUGGCUGAGAUAGUGGCUGGAUACACGGGAAACUCAAUUGCGCUUGUGUCAGACUCGUUUAAUAUGCUCUCUGACCUUCUUUCUUUGUGCGUUGGCCUGACUUCUGCAAGACUUUCACGUCGCGCCGGAUCCGGACGCUGCACUUACGGUCUGGCCCGGGCUGAGGUUGUUGGCGCACUAGCCAACGCCGUUUUUCUGGCCGCGCUUUGCUUCUCCAUCUCAAUGGAAGCCAUGAAGCGCCUCGCCCGCCCGGAGGCUAUCGCCGACCCUUUCCUGGUGCUUAUUGUGGGCGCGCUGGGUCUAGCUGUCAACAUCGUCGGCCUGUUUAUAUUUCAGGACUGCAGCAGCUGUGGGAGAGGUGGGCGGCGGCGGAAGUCCCACCUAAAGACCGGAGAGAAUGCAGGGGAGAGCGGUGAAACAGGUGCUCCCGUGCUGCCCGAUGUCACCUUCGAGGAAAAGGAACAGGAGAGAGAGGGUCAACCCCUCAACAUUCAAGGAGUGCUGCUCCACGUGCUGAACGAUGCCCUGGGCUCGGUGGUGGUGGUGGUGGCCUCGGCCCUGUUCUACGUGUGGCCCCUGGGCCCCGAGCAGCCCUGUAACUGGCAGUGCUACGUGGACCCCAGCCUGACCCUGCUCAUGGUGCUCAUCAUCAUGGCCUCCGCCGUGCCCCUCGUGCGGGAGACCACCGGCAUCCUGCUGCAGAUGAGCCCCUCCGAACUGCCGCUCAGCACCCUCUUGGAGGACCUGUCCCGGGUCCCUGGCGUGCUGAGCGUGCACGAGCUGCACGUUUGGGAGCUGGCGCGGGACCGCAACGUGGCCUCUGUGCACGUCCGGUGUGCGGACGGCCCCGCCUUCGCGCUGCUCUCUUACCGCGUGCGCGAGGUCUUCCACCGGGCCGGCGUCCACAGCGUCACCGUGCAGCCCGAGUUCGACGAGGGCGAGGGCGGGGACGGCCCGCACUGCAGCGCCCCCUGCCUGUCGGCCUCCUGCCAGAGCAAGCUGUGCUGCACGGGCCCGGCCGCGCCCCUCUCCGUCUGCAACGGGCAGCCCGCCACGCCCGACCCCGAGGCGGCGGUAAGCGCCUCUGACCCGGCCAAAACCGAGGGGACAGAAACAAACGGCAUCGCUUUGCACACGAAGGAAAAGAGCGAGUAUUUGUGAGGAUGGAUGGAGCGGGCCUGUAAAAAAACCCCAAACGCAAACCCAGCGACAGGUCUGCUCUUUCCCUCCUUCUCCUGCCUCACUCCCUCACCCGCAGGGGCCUGGCAUCCCAACCUGUGGAAACCCAACAGUGUGUGAAUGUUUGGGUCAGAGAUGGAAAGAGCCUGGAGUAAUCACUAUGCACUACAUACUCUCCAAUAUUAAGCACUGCUUGCUGUGAUACUGCUUUGAUCCAAACUACCAAUAGAAAAGCACCAAAGUGUCAGUACUUGUAAUUAUUGUUUAUUUGUCAUAAAAUGAUAUUCUAUUCA